ACAAAAAAGCAGAAGAAUUUACAUUUUUUUUCCCCAUCGUUCUACUCGCUUGAAACUUGUUCGCUAAGUUUAUUGUUUUUAGGGCUUUGAUUUAUCCGGCCAAUGGCGUCUUCUCCGACUUCAUCAUCAUCAUCACCAUCAGCGCCGGAGUUAUCAUCGUCCUCGGAGUUUCCUGUUUUACCAGUUGCCGCGUUGAAGAGUAAAAUCGUUGAGAAAAUUCAGGAGAAUCGCGUCACUCUUAUCAUUGGUGAAACUGGUUGCGGAAAAAGCUCGCAAGUCCCUCAGUUUCUACUAGAAGAAAACAUGGAACCCAUACUUUGUACACAACCAAGGAGAUUUGCUGUGGUUGCAGUUGCUAGAAUGGUGGCGAAGGCUCGAAAAUGUGAAGUAGGUGGAGAAGUUGGCUACCAUAUAGGCCACUCCAGGGUAUACUCAGAAAGAUCUAAGAUUGUGUUCAAAACUGCUGGAGUUCUACUGGAAGAAAUGCUAGAGAAGGGCUUGAAUGCACUAAAAUACAAAGUUAUCAUUCUUGACGAAGUGCAUGAAAGAUCUGUAGAGUCAGAUCUCGUUCUUGUUUGCGUCAAGCAGUAUUUGCUUAAAAAGACUGACCUGAGGGUGGUAUUAAUGUCUGCUACUGCUGAUAUAGCAAGAUACCGUGAAUACUUUAGGGAUCUCGAUAGGGGUGAAAGAGUAGAGCUAUUGGCAAUCCCUAGUUCCGGACAAGACACCAUAUAUCAGCGAAAAGUUUCAUAUAUUGAGCAGGUAGCUGAACUCUUUAAUAUGGAAGCAGAAGAGGCGGCUCUGAAAUGCUGUUCUGGUCCAAGUCCAUUGGCAGUUGCUGCUGAUAUCGACCCUGAAAUGUAUCAGCUCAUACUCAAUCUAAUUAUACACAUCCAUAAAAAUGAAAUGGAUAUCGAAAAAGGAAUUUUGGUCUUCCUUCCAACGUACUAUGCACUUGAGCAGCAGUGGCGCUUAUUGAAGCGUUUCAGCGAAACAUUUAAGGUUCAUAUCCUACAUCGUAGUAUCGACACUGAACAAGCUCUCAAUGCCAUGAAAAUCUGUAAGUCGCAUCGUAAGGUUAUUUUGGCGACAAAUAUUGCAGAAUCUUCUGUUACGAUACCAAAGGUGGGCUAUGUCAUUGAUUCUUGCCGUUCUUUACAAGUUUUCUGGGAUAAUAAUAGGAAAACAGAUUCUGCAGAGCUUGUGUGGGUUUCCAAAUCACAGGCAGACCAAAGGAGAGGGAGAACUGGACGGACUUGUGACGGCCAUGUAUAUCGAUUGGUAAAAAGAUCAUUUUACGGUCAAUUAGAGGAUUAUGAGCCUCCUGCAAUACUGAGAUUAUCGUUAAGGCAGCAGGUACUUCUCCUUUGCUGUGCUGAAUCUAAAGCCAUCAAUGAUCCCAAAGUUCUGCUACGGAAGGCUUUAGACCCUCCAGAACCUGAAGUGGUUGAGGAUGCAUUGAGUUUGCUUGUUGACAUCCAUGCACUACAAAAAGUACCUCAAAGGAGCCGUUAUGAGCCUACUUUUUAUGGACGAUUGCUUUCCAGCUUUUCUCUUUCAUUUGAUGCUUCUGUAUUAAUAGUCAAGUUUGGAGCCAUAGGAAUGUUACGAGAAGGCAUUGUUCUUGGUAUAUUGAUGGAUAUGCAGCCACAGCCCAUUCUUCGUCCUUUUGGCCAAGAAAAUUUGUUCAUGAAGUACAUUGACGACUUUUUCAGUGGAGAUUCUAGGGCCACUGGUUUAACGGGUAGAAAAGAGGUAACCUGUAUGGCAAAUUCGUGCGCAUUUCAGUUCUGGCAGCGUGCCUUCAAGGACAAACACCGCCUUGAACAUUUAAGACAACUCUUCAAGUUGGAUGAUACAAAAGACAGAAAAAUAGUGCUUCCAAAAAGUGAAGAAGAGUGGUGCUUAUUCCAUAAUCUCUUGCAAUCGGCACUGAACCAAGUUACUGAAUCAUAUGAUGAAGUUCUGGACUCUUUGCAUCGAUAUCGACCCCAAUUUCUUGCUACAUCAAGUGGCAUACCAUCUUAUUAUAAUCCAAAUGAAUAUCAGCACAAGUGCCAUCUCGACUGUGAGCAGUAUUUAGAUGCUGAUGCCUUAGAUAUGAAUUAUGAGCUCCGUGAACAAGGUAGUGAAAUAAGGAAAUGCAUUUCUGUUCCAUUUUUGGGCCACAAUGAAUCUUUAGCACAUAAGGUGGCUCAAAAUUUGGCAAGCGUAGUCAAAGAGAUGAGAACUCGGUCUUCUACGGAUGUCUCUGGAAAGCAUGAUUUGUUGGUCUAUGGUAAUGGUGGUUCCACCAGGGAAGCUUCUCUGUGUAAGUAUUUUCUCGCAGGCAUGUGCAACCGGGGUCCCCACUGUUCCUUUUCUCAUUCUUUACAAGCACAGAGGCCCGCUUGCAAAUUUUUCUUCUCUUUACAGGGAUGCCGGAAUGGAGAUUCAUGUUUCUUUUCUCACGAUUCAGUUCCAUCUGCUUAUUCUGGUGUUCUGUCAAGUUUAUGCCUGCCGGAGAAUGAUGCUGCUGAUGUGCGGUCACUUCUGCAAUGGUUUCCUGUACCCUAUCAUGGGUGCAUCCUCAUACUGGAUGACAAUGAUUUAUAUUUUUCAUCACAUCUUGCACGUUUUUAUCCUCCAUCUUCGAUAAUCUCCACAACAUCCCUUCGAGAUGAAUCCACACUUGACCAGUUACCAGCUGGUGUCAGAAUUCUGUGGGGCCAUUCACAUCCAUACAACACGAUAAUAUCCAAAACUGCAGGGAGUUCAGUUCCAUGGAAUGAAGUUAAAUGUGUCCUGUGGUUCCCAAAAUUUGAAUCAGAACAUAAAGAAGCGCAUAGGAACAUGAUGCAGACCUUUUUUGAAUAUUUUGCCAUCCGGAUGCUUGGAGAUGCCUUAUAUGAAGCUAAAGUAAUUAUCACCAUGAAUAACUUACGUUUCUCAUACCUACAGGUGGAAAAGCUGGCGAGGGAGUGCUGCUUUUUUCUCAACGAUUCAUUUCUAUUUGACGAACAGAACCUUGGAGAAUUAUUUGAUGAGGUUAAAGCCAGAAACCCAAUGCUGAAGUCAAGGCCUGUCUCGUAUGUUUUCUCACUGCAUCCUCCUGUAGACGUCCAGUCUGGUGAUUUUGCAACACUCCUUAAUCAAAAUGUGAGUAAGGUUGUCUAGAUAUAAGAUCAGCUCCUGAAUGAUGUGCAGCUCGGGGAGAGUUAAUGUUAUGCAAAUUCGCGUAGAAGUAGGGAUUUUGACUUGUGAAAUCAUUUCAGUAACCACAGCGCGAAAAAGGUUUUCUCGUAUACUCUUAAAUUAUCAACUAUAGAGGGGUUUGUCAUGUACAUAUUUAUCUCAUGAGGGAGACUGCAGAGUGUUCUCGUUUUGAUCAGUUUUUUUGUUUAAUCAUUUAUCUCCCCCUCCCAUGUGUUUCUUGGUUAUGAUAAUUAAUGGUGAGCUUUAUUUUAGUGUU